AUGGACGCGGUAGUCAAGGUUGUACGUGUGGGUGCCCGGGAAUGGGGGCUCUCUAUGAGAGCGGAUGCAGUUGCAAACUGCGUCAGGCGGCUCCUGAAAGAAGGAGCGAUAGUUAGACCAGGGGACAUUCUUUCCCCUUCUAACUGGGAGAAAUGCACUCGAGCGCUCGCUCAGAGAGCCAUGGCCACGAAGAAGGCCGCAGAGCUUAAGACAUGGGGAGACGUAAUGACCGUUUUACAAAGGACUAAGGAGGAGCGUGAGACUUGGCAGGCUGCUCGCGCAGCGCUGCACAUGUCCGCGGAAAUGGCGACACAGACAGCAGUGAACGCAGAGGAGCGAACGGAGGUGAUAGAGGGAGAGACAAUAGUAGGGGAUGAAGUGAGAACGGAGAAUGUGGAAACGGAGGAGGUGGUUUAUCAGGAACCAGAGCGGGGAGAGGGGGAAACACCAGAGGCAUACCCAGUAAUACCCUCUUCUCCGCCACCACCCCCACGGUACCCGUGGAAAGAGAUGAGGGCGAUGGAAAGGGGAGAAUCAGGGGACCUUUAUGGGGACCGAGUUAUGAGAAAGCCAGUGGCAGGUAGUGGAAAAGAAGGCAAGGUGAAAGUGGAGGAGGCAGAAGAAAAGAAAAGACCGCUUAUAGUGGAUGAUCCCCGAGACUGGCUGGGCUGGAAACUGAUAGCGACGGAAUGCGCCCUGAGUGGCCUCAAGUUUCGUGCGCCAAUAGGGGCCUUCCCAGUACGAGUUGCCCCCGGGGGGGGGGCAGUGGAAUGGGUGCCCCUCGACCCGAAGACGGUACAACAGCUAUUGAAAGCAGUGCAAGAACAGGGCCUGCAACACCCGGUGACACAGACGUUGCUGGACGCGGCGCACGCGGGAGGCCUAGUGCCGUGGGAUUGUCGCACCCUCGCGCGACUGGUCUUAUCGCCCACGAUGGUCCUUAUGUGGAAAGAGGCGUGGACCUCGCGCCUGCAGCAGGCGUUGAUGGCCGCGCAGGCAGACCCGCAGAACCCACUGGGCCAAUCCACCCUAACGCGGUUAAGAGGAAAUGAUGCGGCCAUGGCUACGUCCCAGCAGCAGGCAGCGGGCCUGAGACCUCGGGAGAUACUGGUGGCAACAGAAGCAUCUCGAAAGGCCUUUGAUGACAUUGGGCCACUGGUGCAACAGGCAGACCCAUGGACGACUGUGAAGCAGGGAGUGGGAGAGCCGUUUGACAAGUUUUGUGACAGACUACAGGCAGCAGUAGAACUUGCAUCUUUACCAGACACUGCAAAAGGAGCGGUGAUGUUGGAAUGUAUCAAACAGCAGGGCAACGAGUUGACAAAAGAAAUCCUAAGAACAGCGCCUAAGGGAGCAAGUCUAGGGCAGACGAUCAAGUACGUAUUAGAACACCGGGACAAGACCACAGCCCUACAGAUUGCUGCAGCAGUUAUGGCAAUGCCGGAGGUUAGAGCUAGAGGAGGUCCAAAAGCAGGCCCAUGCUUUGGCUGCGGGCAAAUGGGCCAUUUGAGAGCACAGUGCACGAAUAAGGGAAGUUACGCGCGCCCAACAGGGGGUAUGGGGAGCCUCACAUGCUGGGCCUGUGGAAAACCAGGACACAGAGCACGAGAUUGUCGGCGGCCGGGAAACGAGAAGCGGGGAGGGCAAGUAAGGGGCCACCCCUCCCCGGUGAGCCGGCCUCAAGUAGCCCCCGUCAACAACAACACACCGCUGAUGGACAGCUCCAGCGACCAAACUCCGAAGGGAAACCCCGCGUGGCCCUGUACGGCAUACGUCACAAUCGUAACAGCGUUGGCACAGAUGAUACAGAAGGGACGGACCGCCGCCGUUCGGCACUUCGCGAAGGAGCCUGAGUCCAUUUACCUGCCGAACACGCUGAAUGCAUCAUUGCCCUGGGACCCGCAAGAGCUUGACCUUCUGGGUUCGGUAGCACCAAUUAACUACACCGGUGCGGCAUGCGUGCACUUUGGGAAUAAUCAACAAGGGAUAAAUGUCUAUAGAAACCUUAACUGGACCGGGUGGACCAAUGUGUCCUCAAGCACACCGGGGUUUGAUUAUACCGCAAAAUCGUACUGUAACGGCUCUUUGGGGGCGGAAACAAAAGGAGGAGGGCCGACCCAUUGGGUAAAUGAGACGGCUAGGGCCCUCCCUGAUGGAAUGUUCCUGAUAUGUGGGGACCGGGCGUGGCCCAGGAUCCCAAGACGUGCUGUAGGGGGGCCUUGUUACUUAGGCAGCUUAACUAUCUUUGCGCCCAAUCUAACGGCUGUGAUAAACAUGGCAAAUCAAACGAGUCGAAGGCGCCGCAGUCUGACGAGCUUGGGUCCCGAGUGUGAUGAUAAGGUUGAGAUCUGGGGAGCGGCGUCUCGAAUCGGAGCAUCAAUCAUCCCGCAGAUUGGUACAGCGCACGCCUUGGCAUCCUUGGGAAAGCUAGCUUGUUGGGCAGUGAAGCAGAGCAACGUAACAACCAAAGUACUGUAUGAAAUGGCACAAGAUAUGGAUAGCUUACGACAUGCUGUCCUGCAGAAUACAGCAGCCAUAGACUUUCUGCUGUUAGCCCAGGGUCAUGGGUGUAAAGAUGUGGAAGGCAUGUGCUGCUUUAAUCUGACGGAGCACAGCCGGUCAAUACACAGUGAGUUAGAAUGGCUAAAGGAGCACACGCAUAAAAUUACUGUAAUGACUAACCCGCUAGAUAGUUGGUUUGGUAAUUGGCUUGGGCUAGGACCAUGGGCCAGGCAGUUACUAAUAGAAGGGUUGCGCCUGCUGCUGAUGCUCGUGCUAGGCAUAUUAGCAUGUAAACUAGUGUUUAGAUGCUUGGUAAGACAACUGCUAGAAAAGGGGUGGUCCCGCCCACACCCACAUUAUGAACGCUUAACCCACGACACGGCAAUUUAAAGCAAAUAGCAUAGCCAAAGCAUGGGGAGGGGGAGAUGUAGGGAACGGCGAUCGGAAGAUCUCGCGAUGGCACGGAAAGAGGAAGGAUAUGACGCAGAGAUAGCAGUAUGCUUGUAGGUAUAUAAGCGAAUGCAUACGUCCAAUAAACGCCAUUUGUAGCAUCCUCA